AUGGAUGGUAACAAAAGGCCGAGAACUGCGUUGACCAGAGACGUCAGCAUGGGGCGCCUGAGCCUGGCAUGCCCAUACUACAAGCACGACAAAAUUAGACAUCAGGCCUGUCUCAAACUUGAAUUGCAGAGAAUUAGAGACGUUAAACAGCAUUUGCGCCGCAAGCAUAAGCAGCCACACUUCUGCUCCACUUGCGGUCAAGAAUUCGACAAGCUGGACGAGCAGCGGAAGCACAGCAGACCUCAGCAGUGUCGAAUGCGAAAUUUUGCCGAGCCCGAAGGCAUAACGGAGGACCAGGAGAAGCUGCUAGCUUCCAAAGUGGACAAGAAAUCUACACUGGCAGAUCAAUGGUUUAGUGUCUGGGACAUCGUCUUUAGUGGAACACCCCGUCCUAAGUCAGCCUACGUCAACAGUCUUGUAUGCGAGGUCAUGUCGAGUCUUCGCGAGUUUUGGAGAGCAAAGGGCAAAGAAAUCGUAUCGGAUCACAUCAGAGGCAAGCGCGGCCUGUCUUACUCGAUUGAAGACGAGGAAAGAGCCCUGGAGAUGGUGUAUUCAUCUACCGAGGACGGGAUGCUGGACGCGGUCAUUGACCGCUUCGUCAGCGUUUAUGACACAUCAAGCUCUCCGGGCAAAACGACAGCCGACGGGAGCUCCAGUAGCGCCUAUGGUAAUCCAUCUCUGGGAACCGUCAUUACAGAUGAGAGCCUUCCUCAGCUAUCCGAUACCCAAUUCGAACCGAAGAUUGACGAGUUAACCAAACCCCCUUUACAUGAUACCCUUGUCAAUUAUGACGCAGAGACACAACCAGCGGCGGCUGGAAUGACGGAAGAUCAAUUCGAGGCCUUUCUGGCGGACUUUUAUUUUGACGCAUCGGCCGGGCAAGACAUGCUUGGAGGUCCUCCGGGGGCGGAUGGUCCAUCUACUGAUCCAUCUUUUUAG